UAAACAUACGUGUCCUCUCACGGUGGAUAUAAAUUAGUUCCGCCAUCCCAUUUCCUCCACCACCGACUGAGCUAUCUCUCAGCAGCCACUAAUCUCCGGCGAAAUAUGCAGAUCCUCCAUAUUCCAUGUUUGGAAGACAACUACUCCUACUUGAUUAUCGACGAGGCGACGAAAGAGGCGGCGGUGGUGGACCCAGUCGAGCCUCACAAGAUUCUUCGCGUAGCUGAAGAGAACGGCGUUCACCUCAAGCUCGUUCUUACCACCCACCAUCACUGGGAUCAUGCUGGUGGAAAUGACAAGAUGAAGCAGUUAUUGCCCGAUAUCGAGAUUUUCGGUGGUUCGGUUGAUAAUGUGCAAGGUUGCACUAACAAAGUCGAAAAUGGUGAUAGGUUUUCGCUCGGGGCUGAUAUCAGUAUAUUGUCUCUCCAUACACCGUGCCACACAAAGGGCCAUAUAAGCUACUACGUCACUGCCAAAGAAGGAGAUGUGCCUGCCGUUUUUACUGGUGACACAUUGUUUGUUGCUGGCUGUGGGAAGUUUUUCGAAGGCACUGCGGAGCAGAUGUAUCAAUCUUUAUGCACUACCCUCGGUUCUUUGCCCAAGCCCACUCAAGUAUAUUGUGGCCACGAGUAUACAGUAAAAAACUUGCAAUUUGCUUCGACUGUGGAACCAGAGAAUGAGAGAAUAUCCCAAAAAUUAUUGUGGGCCCAGCAGAAGAGAAGGACUGGUCUUCCUACAAUUCCAUCAACUAUCGAGGAAGAAUUCGAGACUAACCCCUUCAUGCGUGUUGAUCUAACCGAGGUUCAGGAGAAGGUUGGGUGCAAGUCACCAGUUGAAGCCAUGCGUGAAAUUCGACUGCGAAAGGAUAAUUGGAAAGGAUGAAAUAAGUUUCCACCCUUUUGUGCUAUUGCAAUCAAUCCUAUCGUUAAACGUAGGUUCAUUUUACUAGUUUGAAAAUGCUGUAUCGAGCUCCGUAUUUCGUGAUGUUUCUUGAAUUGUUACGGUAACAAAUCUUUAAACACUUUUGUCGACAUAUUUAUUACGGUAACAAAUGUCUUCACUAAAAUAAAUGCGAAUGUUACUUUUUCAUUUUC